AUGGGCAGUAAAGUCCUGGUCUCGGAGUGGCUGGAGCUCUCGGUCCUGUACAAGGAGUAUGCUGAGGACGACAAUAUCUACCAACAGAAGAUCAAGGACCUCCACAAAAAGUACUCGUACAUCUGCAAGACCAGGCCCGAAGGGAGCUGCUUCUACGGAGCCCCCGGCUUCUCCCACCUGGAGGCGCUGCUGGAUGACAGCAAGGAGUUGCAGAGAUUCAAGGUUGUGUCUGCCAAGAGCAAAGAAGACCUGGUGUCCCAGGGCUUCACCGAGUUCACAAUUGAGGAUUUCCACAACACGUUCAUGGACCUGAUCGAGCAGGUGGAGAAGCAGACCUCAGUAGCCGACCUACUGGCUUCCUUCAACGACCAGAGCACCUCGGACUACCUGGUGGUCUACCUGCGGCUGCUCACCUCUGGCUACCUGCAGCAGGAGAGCAAGUUCUUCGAGCACUUCAUUGAGGGUGGGCGGACUCUCAAGGAGUUCUGCCAGCAGGAGGUGGAGCCCAUGUGCAAGGAGAGUGAUCACAGCCACAUCAUCGCGCUGGCCCAGGCCCUCAACGUCUCCAUCCAGGUGGAGUACAUGGACCGCGGCGAGGGCGGCACCACCAACCCGCACAUCUUCCCCGAGGGCUCCAAGCCCAAGGUCUACCUUCUCUACCGGCCUGGACACUACGACAUCCUCUACAAAUAGGGCUGGCUCUGCCCGCCGCUGCCCUGCUGCCCUCCCCUCUGCCAGGCUCUAGACAUGUACAGAGGUUUUUGUGUGGUUGUAAAUGGUCAUAUUUCACUCCCCUUUCCCUGUCAUACAACCUUCCACGUUUUAUUAAAGGGGAUGCUGGUGGUGAAAAAAAAAAAAAA